UGCCCCAAUUUCAUUUCGGGAGGUCUGAGUUUAUUUAGGGAUUUGAGAUUAUUGGGAAAUCAAUGGAAGCAGAGGUGAUAAAAGCAGAGUUGGUAUUGCCAACGCAUAUGAGUUUCAAGAGGAUUCAAAUGUAUGAGAAAUACCCAAAGGGCCAAUCGAAAGUGAGAUGGAAACAGCUCAAGCAAAUCCUUCAAGCUGAAAAUUGCCAGAAUUACUCUCCUGAUGAACCCAAUUAUGUUAAUAUCGAAUCACCGCCUUCGAUGCAACCGUGCAAAAGAAUUUGUGAUAUAACGGGAUUUGAGGCACCGUACCACGAUCCGAGGACGAAUCUCCGCUAUGCAAAUGCCGAUGUUUUCAAGCUUGUGAGAUCUCUUCCCAAUGAGUAUGUGCAAAGGUAUCUAGCUCUAAGGAAAGCGGCAGUGGUUUUGAGGUGAAGUUUGCAAACCUGGGGACAGACUCUGGUCUUGGAUCGAACAUUUAGUUUACAAUUAGAUCAGUCUUUACUUAUAUGAAUCAUCAUAGAGAUUCUCAUGAUGUUUAAUCUACAAUUAGAUCACGUAUUCUGUUCCGUUUUCAUCCCCAGAAACCUCUGCAAAGCUGAAAUUCGUUGGAUAGUUUUAGGGUUAGUUGUAGCAUAAGAUAAACUGGUUAAAGCAGUAUUGUUCUAUGGCCUAUGUGAAAUGAUAUUUGCAAUUUUCCAAUCUGUUUUAUGCGGAUUUGGGUAAUGAGAAUUCCGAUAAUAUUUGGAUUCAAA